CAGUAAGGGAAUCAUCGCGCGGGUAAUACCCACUGCCGACGCAUGUUUUUGGAGGGGCCUGAGACGCGGGUAAUACCCGUGAAAUUCGAUGCUUAGUGUUUUGGAUUCCGCGAGUCCCCCUUACUGCUGCUUUACGGUGACCGUAGCUUUAAAGUUCUAUUGCAACAGAUACUACGACUGCUACUAAAUUGUGAGGUGAAGUUAAAUGACGGAAAUGACAAAGAAGAAACACCGCUACACAUGUGCAGGACCUGGACUGCUGUGGAGCUCUUGUUAGACGCUGGUGCACGGCCAGGUGUUACAGACUCAUCAGGGUGCACUCCUCUUCUUGCCGCUGUGAAGAGGAACAUGUGCCUCAAGAAAGAUUCUAAAUGUUUUUAUCCUGAUGUUGAUCAAACCCCAAAUGAGUUCUGGGAAGAAGUACUCAACAGGAAACUUGAUCCAUGGACUGCUGAUGAGGAAGGAAAUUCUGUUUUGAGCAUCCUAGUCAAGAAAGAAGCCGAAUGUCUAGCUAAAGCCCUGAUUGAAGUUGCAUGUGAGCUGAACUGUGUGCAAUCAGAUGCAAUUGGAGUGCCUCUUCUCAUUACCAUUUGCAAAGACAAGUCCACGGAUAAAGAAUGGAAAACUAAUUUUGUGGAGAUACUGCUAAAGUCAAGAAUAGGUCUUGUUAGUAAGACACCGAGCGACAGCAAUGACACACCCCUUCAUUUUAGCUGUAGGAACAUUCUGAAGUUAGCAAAGUUACCAGAUAGCAGUGUUGAAACGUCUGUUCAUUGGAAGAUUGUCCAGUAUCUUCUGUUGUGUGGAGCUGAUAUCAACGCUUCUGGAGAAGCAGGCGAAUCCUGUCUUGCUUUGUCAGAAAAUUGUCCUGUUCUCAAAGAUCUACUAUCAGCUCCAGUGGACCACAGUGAACUUCCUUUAGUUCUUGAAAACUGGACACCGUCUUCCCAGAGUCACGCCCAGAAACUGAAUUUGGUUGGAAGAUUGGUCAAAUGUCGACAAGUCAGAAGUAUAUAUUUAUACUCAGAGGCUUUAGAUGAAGAUAAGGGCACAGACGGUUUUGUCUUUGCUGGAAUCGUACAAGAUGGCAGGGAGGUAGCUGUGAAGCGCUUUGAUAAGUCAAGAAUUGCACCCGAGAAAACACCGGAAAGCAUUCUUGUGCUAUCAAAAAAGCAAUGUGAGCAGAUUGUUCAGUAUUACUUUUGCUUGGACGAGGGAAACUUUCAUUAUAUAGCUUUUGAAUUGAUGGAAGAGAAUCUCGAGCAUUACUUUGAUAUGGCCAGUAGCGCAGGGAAUUCCACCAAACUUUGCAAAGACUUGUUAAUAGGACUGAAGUGUUUACAUUCUCAAGGUAUAGUUCAUGGCAAUAUCAAUCCAAGAACCGUGUUUUACCAAGCUAAUCCAAGCUUGUGCCUUAAGAUUGGAAACUGCAAGACAAGUAGCUCAAGAAUAGGAUGGGUUGCUACAGAAGUACUGAAAGAUGAAACUUCCUUUUCCAAGCAGUCUGAUAUCUUUUCCUGUGGGCUCGUGCUUCACUAUCUUCUGUCAGGCAAAAAGCAUCCAUUCGCUCCUGCAGACCCUGUAAUGAGAACACCACAGGAAAUCCUCAGCAAAACACACAAAAAUAUUACGAAUGGUAAUAUUGUGAAGAUUGAUGAUUCCCUCUCUCCUGAAGCUACUCAUCUUGUACAUCUGAUGCUGGACAGUGAUCCCAGCCAUCGGCCCUCUGCAGGCGAGGCGUUGGUUCAUCCUUUCUUCUGGGAAAAGAAGACAAAGAAAGCAUUUCUUAAUGUCGUUGGAAAUGAGCCAGAAUUUGAAGUAGGGAAUCGAUAUCCCUUAACAUUGUUUGAGUACGAAUUACAGGAGCUGUUCAGUGUAAUCGUAUCCAGUACAAAAUGGAAUGAUCCAUUGAAAUAUGGCCAAAUCUCAGCUACAAGAAGAAGGCGUAAUUACAAUUUCGGUUCAAUCGCAGAUUUGAUACGUUUUAUUCGUAAUACCUACCAACAUAUUCACGAACAAGAAGCGAGUAUCCAAGACUGGUGGAACAAGUAUUAUAUAUUCGAUUAUUUUCCACGUUUGAUUAUCGAAAUCUACAAGAAGGUCAAAGUAUACAACCUGCACAAGUCAAGACCACAGAUCCAGAGUUUUUUUAUCGAGCUGUAAAUAUCUUCAAGUUGCACAAGUCAAGGAAUCAAGAAAUACUUUUGCAAGUUCGCAAGAGACACAAAGCUAAAUAAGGUCUGUAGAUUGCUUUAAUUAAUUUUGAAGUAAGGCCAUAGAUAGAAAAUUCAAACGUUUGGUAAUGACAAUACGAUAUAUUAUCGUCUAUAA